CAUCCAGUUACUAAAUCGCAAUACACAAUGGCACACUUGGCUUGGGCUGUACUCUUCUUGGCCGCUUGGUGUUCAGCCACCGACGCCAACCGCAUCGUGGGUGGCAAACCCACAACCAUCGAGCAGCAUCCUUUCAUGGUCCAAAUUGAGAACUGGAUUGCGUUCGCUAUCUGGUCUCAGCGAUGCGCCGGUAAUGUUCUCACCUCCAGAUAUGUGUUGACCGCCGCCUCAUGCACUAGGGAAUCUCUCGCGCCCCCCCAGGUCCGUCGUAUCAGGGCUGGCAGUACAUACCGUAACACCGGAGGUUCCAUCCACGCCGUCGAGCGCAUCACCAACCACCCGUCCUUCGGACAGAACGGUUUCGAUGGUGAUAUCUCAAUCAUCAGGCUGGAGACUCCUCUCGUGUACUCCAACAGCAUUCGUCAAGCCACCAUCAUCGCUCAGGGCGCUGUUAUCCCUGACAAUCUUCAAGUUGUCCACGCUGGUUGGGGCAGACCCUCUUUCUUUGGUAGCCGCGCCGAAUACUUAACCGAUGUGUCCGUGAGGACGAUCAACAACGCAGAGUGCGCGAGCCGUUACCUUAACUGGCCCCGCCCUCACACCGUCACCUCCAACAUGAUCUGCGCCGGCUUCCUCGAUGGCGCUGCUGACGGUACCUGCUUCGGUGACGCUGGUGGCCCUCUCAUCUACGACAACAUGGUCAUCGGUAUUGCCUCCUGGGGCAAGACUUGUGCCAACGGUACCUACCCUGACGUCAGCACUUCCGUCAGCUCCUACACCAACUGGAUCUUGGAGAUUGCCGUCUAAUUGUUCCUAUUUUAAUACAAUACCAGCUAUUGUCAAAUAUGUUCAAUAGUAUUGCCAUAAAGUAAAUAAAUUAUAUAUUUACAUAGUUA